AUGUCUUCUGCCCCCGCCAAGAAGGAGUUCCUCUGCAUCCUGCCGGAUAAGCCCGGCGCGCAGGCCAAGCGUCUCGAAGUUCGCCCUUCCCAUCUGGAGGGCGUCAAGCCCCUCGUCGCCUCGGGCUCUAUCGUCGCUGGUGGUGCCAUGCUCGAGUCUCACCCCGCUGAGGGCGAGACCCCCGCCUUCAAGGGCAGUAUGAUGCUUGCCGUGGCCGAGAGCGAGGCCGAGGUGCGCAAGAUCCUGGAGAACGACAUCUAUUCCCAUAGCGGUGUGUGGGAUCUCGAAAAGGCCCAGAUCAUUCCGUUCAAGUCUGCCGUGCGCAAGGAGCUGUAA